AAAAAAAAAAAAAAACAACAUCGGAGAAGAGAGAAGAAAAACCUGAUCCUGAAGAAGAAUGGCGAGCACAGGCACGGGUGGGAGCAGCAGAGAGAACACGGCCAAAACCAUGGUGACCGAUCAGAUCUCCCAAGCCAUCCAAUCCACCUCCAAUCUCCUCCAUCUCAUGCAACAAUCAUCUCCUUCCCAGGCCCAAUUGAUGAAGCUUCCAAAGAUCCUCUUGGCAAAAUCACCUACAAUUAAGAAUACUGGGCAGUUGUUAGAGCAGAUGCCUCGCGUGAUUUCAUCCCUGGAUGCACACAUGGAAAGUGGUCUGCAAAGUGUUCCUCAUCUGCAAACUGUAAUCCAAUUACUCGUCAACAUGGAAAGCAGCCAGCUUAGUUCCCUCGCUCAAUCUCAUCUGCCCGCAGAGGAAAAUGUACCGACGAAUGAAACUUCUAAGCUGGAAUAAGCCGUUAAGUCUCUGAAGAUCUGAGUUUGAUGAUUCUGUGACCGCUGUCGUGAAAAUGUAUUCUCCAUCCAUAGAGAAAGAUUGCAGUUUCAUAUGGUUGGAUUUAGCUAUCCCGCCGUACAUAAACUGUCGAGCGCAAUCCAAAAUGGUAUCUCAUCUCACCUUUAUUUUUAUUUUUAUUUUUUAUUUUUAUGGGCCAAAGAGAUGAAGAAACAUUUGUGAAUCCAUUGCAUUCUAUGUCCUUACUUUUGAUUUUUCGGUCACCUGAAGCUUAGGAUUAGAUCAUGGAAAGAAGAGUGUAUAAAAUACAAAAUAUUGACAAAACAUGUAUUGGCUCGCAGCUAUUUGUGCCAAGAUCAAGCUAUAAUAGUGUCAAUACUGUCAUUGCCAAUGUUAAUUUGGUAAGAUCUAUGGGUGUGGCAGUGCAACAUUUUGAGCCACUUGAACUAGAAUAAAAAAGUUCAAAGGAAUCCGUGUUUGAAAGAUAUUUUCGAGGCUUGGUUCCAAUGAUUUGGUGCCCGUUUGGUAAACAGGUUUAAGUGCUUUGAACCACAAAUUCAAAUGAAACGCAGAGUUAUGGCAAAAUGUUUUAGGCUUGCUUCAAACUAAUAAUUUGAUAUUGAUAUUUUGAGUAAAAAAAAAAAAGAAAAAAAAAAUUCUUAACCAAAAAGUGAAUGUCGUUAAUCUUGGUCACCAGAGAACGACAGUGGUUUCCAUGAGAGCUAGAGUGAAAGUAGCAUUAGA